ACGCCCAAAAGGACAACUUACGCAUGAAUAUAUGUAUAAAUGGGUCGAGGACUUGAGACUUGAUUCAGCCUGCUAAUUUCCUCAGCAUGGGUGGAACGACUUUGUUUGUGGUGCUUCUAGUAUUUGGGGUCGGGCUGACAGCGAGCGUGCCAGCCCUCAGCCACCGGAGGUCACCGAAACAGCUGUCUAUCACGAAGACUAUCUUAGAAGCAAACAAGGGCCUGCACCUGUACUCCGGCGACAUUACCGGGAUACAUCGUGGCUCCAAGAAUGCUAUCGAUGACGGAUGGCGCUGGCCAAACGGAGUGAUUCCCUACGUCAUCGGCAGUGAAUUUAGCACCUCCUGCUAUGACUCUAACAACAACUGUGCCAACUGGGCCUCCCAGGGGGAAUGCGACGCAGACCCGGACUACAUGAUAGACAACUGUGCCCAUAGCUGUGGCCUCUGUAGCCGCUCUGGAUCAUCAAACGGAGCACAGAAGCCUGUACUAAGAGCUUAUUCCGCGAACUGCUAUACUGACUCAACCCAAAUGAACGGCGACAGCUUUACCGUCAAUUGUCCUUCUGGGUGCGCGAAUAACGGUGCAGCUGCCUGGGGAACUGGCGUUUACACGGACGACUCGGGUAUUUGCUGCGCUGCCAUCCAUGACGGCAGGAUCACGAACUCAGGAGGCCAGGUGACCGUCUAUAGGUGGCCGGGACAGAGCUCCUACCAGGGAUCCUCUCAGAACGGCAUUAGAACGCAAGAUUACGACGCCUGGGGCAGUUCCUUCGCAUUUGAAGCAGAAAGUGUGUGUGAAGACGCCCACGAGUUCUGUGUGAACUGGGCCAGUACCGGCGAGUGUGACGCCAACCCCAACUACAUGCUGAACCAGUGCCAGCUGAGCUGUGGUGUGUGCCAGGGGCCAGGUGACAUCGAUCAAGCCGUAAUUCUGACUGCACCUCCCGGGUCAGAGGUCGGGAGGAUUCAAGCCGCCAUCAAAGAGUUUAACGAGAAGACCUGCAUCCGGUUUGUGCCGCGGACCAACGAACGGGACUACGUUCAUAUCAAACGGCUUUCAGGCUGCUGGUCAGAUAUCGGCGUGAGUGGCGGGAUGCAGGAGCUGUCUCUCGGUGACGGGUGUCUGUGGAAGGGAACCAUCAUCCACGAGUUGAUGCACGCUGUGGGGUUCUGGCACGAGCAUCAGCGGCCGGACAGGGAUGAUUACGUCACCAUCAGGCUGCAAAACGUCGAUCCAGAUGAACAGUACAACUUCGACAAACAAACCGACAGCCGCACCCUUGGGCUGUCGUACGACUACGGGUCCGUCAUGCACUACGAAAGUGACGCCUUCAGCGCCAACGGAAGAGACACAAUCGUACCCAAGCGUCCGCUGAACGGCAUCGUGCUGGGCUGGGCGGAGGAGCUCAGCUCCCUGGAUCUGCAGAAGAUCAACAAGUUGUACGAUUGUAACAAAUAAAUGGAGCACCGUCCUCUGACGGAGCUUCUGCUGUGAUGUUAA